GGCACACCAGCCCACAGAGUCCAUCGAUAGUCACGCAACAACGACGGCAAAGCAGGGAAACGAGGUCGCGCAGCUGUGGUGGCAGUGACACACGCGGAUUGCGACAGUGCGCUGCAUUUGUCACACCCGCCGAUGCGUGUAGUCGUAGUAGAGAGUGAGCGCCGUCGCUGAGCAGCAUGGCAGCGGCGCACGUGCUUGACUAUGUGCUCUACGCGGUGAUGAUGGCACUGGGCGUGGCGCAGGGCAUAUACGUUUCGUGUCGCAAGCGCCACGGCCACGACGUGAGCCGUGAGGCCUUCCUGGGAGACCGCAGCCUGGGCGUACUCCCGCUAGCCGUGUCAGUGCUCGUCUCCACCGCCUCGCCACUCGGACUGGUGGCCCUGACAGCGCACUUCUACGCCUACGGUCUGCACCUCGCCUGGAACUUGCUCAUCACUGUGGCGGCAGUACCGCUCGUCGUGUACUGCGUUGUGCCCGUCUUCUACAGGCUCGGCGUCACCUCCGUCUUCGAGGCAAGCGCUGUCAAGGGCUUCCCGCGUCCAGCGGGGCCCACGCGCGUUCGAGUGAAAUGUUUGUAUAAGGGCACUUGCGCAAAGCCUUCAUGUGUACAUGCAGAGCGCGUCGAAGUUCGAGAGCGCGCACUGCGAAAAGAAUUGAGUGCAGGGAGUGACAACCACCGUGCGUACUCUUAACGUGUGUUCAAGUUCCUGCCCGAUUACUGCCGCGCUUUCAUAGCACUUGCUCUUUCAGGCCCGUAUGUUGUAUCUAACAGCGUGGCCUCUUAACAUUACGCAACGCUGUGCGCAGGCAUCUAUAAACAUGGAGCCUCAAAGACCGUCGUUUAAAACUCUUCGUUGUUUCUCACGUGCACGCGUUUUCAAAACAAAUGCCCCUCUGGCCGGCGAUGUGCUGCGGGGAGUCAUACCAUUGUCUCCACGUCUGCCACCCCAUAGUCAUAAAGCAACUGGCUCACAAUAUAAAUGCGUCACAAUAUCUUGGCAUGGCUGCAUCACCAAAUAAUGCCACCUGAGAAAAAAUGUCGGAAUCAAAUGGGCUUUAAAGGCGCUUUAGGCGCUUUAAAUGUCGCAACCAAAGGGGCCUUAAACCUGGCGCCAAAUAGAUUGCUGUGCCACUUGGUGACGAAAAGGUGAAUCACGUCUCGCGUCUCACGUUACUUGGCACGAUUAUAAAGGUCAUGUGUGUUCAAGAGCUGCAGAUUUAAGUUUGUGUAUUGUUUCAAUUUGUACGCAUUUUUUCGCGAAUUGUUCAGCAAAACUGCUUCUUUAUAACGCCACUUUUUGAAAUCGAAAAUUGACUUGACAACUAAACAAUUUGUGACGCUGGGAAGUUAGAACAUUGAACAUGUGAAUUGUUGGCAACAUUAGCGCGAUCUUCUAAAGCAUUUUUUUUAUUCUCAAAGAAAUACAUGGUGCUCCUUAGAAAACAGGAAUAAACAUGUGUUUUCUUUGGA